AUGUCACGGCAUCGGCCGCCGAUCGCCGCGCCCCUUCUGUCGUUCCCACCGAACCCCCCGAACCCAUCGACCGCGCACGCUGCCCACCAUGACCGGUGCUCCCUCCUGCCCACCGUCGCCGGCGCCACCUUCACCUCGUCCUCAACCGCCUCAACGACCGCGACUGCUGCGGCUGCGAGUGGCUUUCGACCGCUACCGCGCAAGCAGCGCCACUUGAUCGUCCGAAUAUGUCUCAUGACACCCCUCUUCUUCAUCACCUCGCUCUACCUCUUUGCCGCCUAUGCCUACCUGUUCUCCCUCGUGCUGGCAAGUUCACCGAUGACUGCCACGUCGAGCCCUAGCCUCCCUCGCUGACUGCGGUCAACAUCAACAGGACUAUCUGUGGGUGGAACGACACUCCUACCUCAAAGCAUCCGUCUACGCGAUCGUCUUUCUCUGGUUCGAGCUCAACGGCUUGAUCGCGGUCUGGCAUUGCUGGUACCGCGGAGGGGGCCACAUCCUAGCCUCGCGACCGGGCGACGACGACGACGAAGAGCAACUCCUUGGCACCCCCCAUCGAUCAGCGCCGAUACCUGUCAGACCAUCCCCCAAGGAAGAGCAAGGCCUGUUGCAGAACGAUGCCGGAUUGACCGUCAACCAGCCGUCGUCCGCGGUCGACUCCGCAGCUCGAUCUGGGUCCACCGUCAAAACGACGGCGAUGCGCGAGUUGAGCGACAUGGCUCGAGCAGGUGACUCUGGUACGCAUACCUCUGCACGGCAUGAGCAAGCAGCGUCAACGAUAGGCGUACAAGUCAAGAGCGAUGGCAAGCAGAGAUGGUGUAGAAAGGUCGGUCCUCCUGUCUCUCGCUCAGUGGAGGGCUUCAUGUGGGGGUGGGCCGUCGGUGGCGCUGACCAGAGCGGCUCCCGUUUUCAGUGUCGACUGCCCAAGCCAGAUAGGGCCCAUCACUGCUCCUCGUGUCGGGCAUGCGUUUUGAAGAUGGACCAGUGAGUGUUUGGAUCUACUGCCCGAACUGUUGCGUGCUCGUCGUUCCAAGGGCUGACACGCGAACGUUUGUUCCUCCCAAAGCCACUGUCCCUGGCUGGGAGGUGGUUGCGUCGGAUGGGCCAACCACAAGUUCUUCCUUCUCUUUCUCCUCUACUCUGGCGCGCUCGGUAUCUGGGUCUCGGCCACGACGAUGAAGGAACUUGUCGACUUUGUAGCCGACGACGACCAGGACUUCGAACUCGCGCCCGUGAUCUGGGCCAUCGCAUUCUUCGUCGGGAUCGUCUUUGGCAUCUCGGUCGGGCUCUUUGGGGUGUACCACCUCUAUUUGGCCAGUCGAAAUCGAACGACGAUCGAGUCGAUGGAGAAUUCGACCUCGGUGAUCGCUUCGGAUUCGAGGCCGGCGCAUUACCGCUCCGAGAAUCACGCCAUGUCGAGGGAAGAUCGCAAGAGGUUGGACGAGGCGCAGGGAAGACUGAAUAUUUACGAUUUGGGGUGGAAGAGGAAUUUGAGGCAGGUGAUGGGGGAGAGUUGGAAGGAGUGGUUUGUGCCGUUUGGGUGGCCGUGAGUUUCAGCGGCGUGGGGUGGGUCGCGCUCUACUUUCCCCCGGCACUGAUGCUCUGCUUUUCAAGCCACCAGAGCUGGUGACGGGCACUCCUUUCCGGUCGAUCAAGAGCAACUCGACCAAUUGAGGAACAUCACCUUACUCAUUCGAUCAGGUCAACAUCACGCGCAUGCGCAAAUGCACUCGUCAGCGGAGUUUGCGGAUGAAGACGAGGACGGGAACGAGACGGAAGUCGAUUCUCGCGUGUCGAGUGAAACGGGUCGAGAGAUCCGCAGGGCUUGA